UUAACCAGCAUUAUAUUUUGCUUCCUGUUUUGUUGCAACAGGUGUGAAAUAAUAUUAACAGUAAUAUUAAAAAACUGCGUGUUUGAAUGUGAUCUUUGAACAUAGAUUGACAAGUCCUGGAUGAUCGUACUGAGAUUUAUCUUCUAGAGCUGAUAUUAACGAGAUCACUUUUCGGACAACUUUCGAUUUUCCAAACAAAUAUCAGUUGAAAUACCAUGUCCAGAUUUCCAAACCUUUUACGGGACAUUCUCUCAGGUUUAAUACGGCACUGGGAGAUAUGGGAAGAUAGCCGCCACCUGGCUUUCCUACACCCAUUUCAAGCCAGCCCUGGGGAAACCGUACUGGUCCCCAAGGCUCUCCCCCAGGGUUGUGUUUUCAAUCUUCCCGAAAAGGAAUAUGUGGAUUUGAUGCUUGCGACAAGAACCAUUUCUCUCAAGCUGGAAAAGUCACUCCUUGUCAUGCGGUGUGCAAUUAUAGCAGAAGUCCUCAAUGAUCAGUACGUCCAUACAAGGGUGUUACCAAUGCAUGGAUUGGCUCAGCAAUGGACAUCUAUAAUCUCAGAGGACCUUGAAUACUCCGACAAAUACAAAGGCUACACCAGUACCAAGGAUGGACCGAAGGCCUUGGACGAUACCCUCGAUGCAGUGAAGUCUUCCAUUCUACAGUGCCAACCUCCUUUUGUUGAAGACUACACUUUUCAUGGCAACCCCAAAGAUGAUAAUCUUUUCAGUCGAAUCAUCAGAGGGGAAGUACAGCAGUGGCGUAUUUGGCAAAGUGAAG